AUGGUUCUUUUCUGGAACACAGAUCUCCAGGGUCAAAGUGUGGACCCACCAGAUGAAUACUCAGUCAGACUGGUGAAUGGGACCAGUUCCUGUUCUGGGAAACUGGAAGUCUUUGAGGAAGGAGUGUGGACAAGUCAAUCUGGAGCUGGUUUCUGCUCUGGGAGGUUGGAGGUGAAGUCCAGUCAGACCUGGGUCUCAGUGUGUGAAUCUGACUUUGACCAGCAGGAUGCAGAGGUGGUCUGUAGGGAGCUUGGCUGUGGGGCUCAUGUAGAUCUACAGGGGGGGCUCAAUGGAGAAGGUCCAGUACUCAUGUUCCCCUGUGAGGGAGAUCUCCUGGUCCAGCCUGAUAUUUACCUGACUGACUCAAUGGGAGGGGUCUUCAGGAGCCACCAGGGACCUGAUAUGUUCAAGGGUUACAGCUUCACCAUCACCUGCUCCACUCAGCCACAGUACCCAGGAGGCUCCUUCCUCCUCACGUUCAUCGGCUCCAACAGAACCCAGACCCAGACCCAGCCAGCUGUCAAUCACUCAACUGUCUUCCUCUUCCCUGCUGCAGACGACUCCCACCAAGGAAACUACAGAUGUGUUUAUAACAAUUAUGUUUUCUCUCAUAACUUCUCCUCUGAGAGUCAGCUCCUCUUCCUCACCAUCACAGCCUCUCCUCAUCCAGCCUUCAUCAUCAGACACGUCAUAGUGCUGCUCAUUCUACUGACAGUCAUCAUCACCUCCUGCCUGAACUACAAGUCCACCAGGGGGCAGAAGAGAGUGAACAGGGUGACCAGCAUGGAUCUUCAUGUCAGUACCAAUGUCAUAGAGAUGGUCUCUCUGGACUCCAGAACUGAUGCCGGGCCGGGAGAGGAGACAGCAGUCCAGGAGACAGAGUAGGAGUAUGAGGAGUACCAGCUGAUGUUGGUCAGUUUUGUGUUUAAAAACAAUCUACAGCCCAGCACUGCUGGAUAAGAUGUAGUUGCCUCUAAUUCUAAUGAAACAACUUCAGAAAUCUCUGUUCUAUAAUCUCAGAAAGAACCCAUGAAGAGUUCAACCACCAGUAUCUCUUUCUGGAGUGUUUGUUCUCAACACCACAGGGUUUACAUUAUAGAGACAUUAACUCAUUUCAAGGUUUUGCAU